UAACACUAUAUUGUAAUAUUAUUAGUAAUACUACAUGUAAUAUAAAUAUACCAUUAUAAUAGUGUAUUAUUAUUGUAUUGUAUUACAUUAUUAAAUAUAUUACUGCUGUUAUUAUUAUUAUAUCAUAUUAUUAUUUUGUACUGUUGAUUUUAUAUAAUUGUACCAUAUUAAAUAAUUGUAUUAUUAUAUUAUUAUGCCAUAUAAUAUUCAAAUAUAUUAUUAUUAUUAUUCACACAACGACAUAGUAUGACACAGCAAACAAGAUAGAUAUGCUGGAUUUCGUAUCACAAAAUCACAAGUCGAACACUUCCCAAGUGUCUAGGACUGUGUGAUGUAUUUUCGGAUGAUGCUGCAGAUCCCAGCAGGGUGGCCUUUUGCAGUUGGCAGAUCGUAAUUUUGUCAAUGUCUAUUGUUUCCAAAUGCCGUCUGAGAUCUUGUGGCACGGCACUCAAGGAUCAGGCCUUCUGUCUCCUUCUUCAGGGUCCCAUUCGUGAGCCAGAGCCAGAUCUUCCCCUUAUCAGCUUUUCCUUCAAUUUUGUCAAGGAACUUUCCAUGCAAUGUUUUGUUGUGCCAGCUGUCAGCUCUAGUUUGUAGUGCGGUUUUCUUGUACUGAUUCUGCUCUAGUUUGUAGUGCGGUUUUCUUGUACUGAUUCUGCUCUAGUUUGUAGUGCGGUUUUCUUGUACUGGUUUUUUGUCUGCUGUGCUUUUAUAAUAAUAAUUAUUAUUAUUACAUUAACCUGGUGCUUGUUCCUUUCCUUUCCUGGGUAAGUAACUAACAGAGGAUGGACAAAUUCCUGAUCAAGGCCGGAAAGAACCAAAGGGAGAAGGGUGGAGCGUGGGAGGGAAAGGAAACCCCCUGGAAGGAAAUCCGGUCCGAAGGCCUCCAUUGCGACUAUAGGAUCCUUUUUGGCAAAAAAGAAGCGGACGGGAUCCUUCUUGAACUCGAGCGGGACAUCGAGUAUUUGCAAGAGGACUUGGCCAAGCUGUAUGUCUUUGGGAAGUGGCACAAGGCCCCGCGCCAGCAGGCGGCCUAUGGGGAGCCAGGGCUGAGCUACACCUAUUCAGGGGCCACCUUCUCCCCAAAGCCCUGGGUCCCCAUCCUGCAGCACCUCCGGGAGCGUGUCCAGGAGGCCAUUGGGCACAGCUUCAAUUUCGUCCUCGUAAACAGGUACAAGGAUGGCCGGGAUCGCAUGGGGGAGCACCGGGACGAUGAGCGGGAGCUGGAGCCACGCAGCCCCAUCGCCUCACUCUCCUUCGGGGCCGAGCGGGACUUCGUCUUCCGGCACUGCAGCGGCGGCAAAGGCGGCCGCCCUGCCCCCGGCCACCCUGCCCCCGUCUGGUUGCGCCUGGGGCACGGGAGCCUCCUGGUGAUGCACUUCCCCACCAACCGGCACUGGCGCCAUGGCCUUCCUGCCCGAAGGGGGGUUGUGGGCCCCCGGGUCAACCUCACCUUUCGGGACAUCCGGGGCAGUGGCCAUCUUGGCCCGUGAAUAUAUUGCCCAGAGACUUGAGUCAUAGCAAAUUGUUUCCUAUAUUCAUAAUAAAGGAGAUAUAUUAUA